AUGCAGACCAAGUACAUCUCCCUACUCGCCGCUGCGGCUGCUACCGCCGUCUCUGCCACUCAAGUCAAGCGCGUUGACGUCGUUCACAUCUUCGAGACUCUCCACGUCGGCAAGCACAUCCCCAGCUUUACCCCCAACAAGCGCUCUGUCAAUGCCAUCUUUGAGCGUGACGACAAGGAGGAGUGCCAGAGCUCUGCCAUCUCUAUCCUCCGAAGCGCACCCACUGCCAACAGGGACCUCGAGUCCUGGGCUCUUACUGCUGAGACCACCGACCCUUGCACUCUCACUGCUCCCUCUUCGCUGUCUUCGGAACUCUUGAGCUACAUGACCGCCGUGGUUGAGUGGUCCAACGAGAAGGCCGAUGAUAUGCAGGAGCUUGUUGACAAGUGCCUUGAUGGGGAGGAUGCCAACGAUGCCAAUCUGGCCGCUUGCCCUACUCCUGGAACCGUCAUCUUUACUGCUGCUACCACCACAGAGACUGUCCAGCUCAAGACUGUUCUCGAGACAUUCGCUACUCCUGGUGCUUCUUCAACUGGUAGCGCUGGCGGCUCUGGUGGCUCUGAUGACGCUGACAAGACCAACGCCGCUGCUCCUCGUGGUGCCAACUUGUUCGCUGCCGUUGCCGCUGUCGGUGUCGCUGGUUUCAUGGUUGCUGCUUAA